AUGAAAUUCUCCGCGGGAUUCCUCACCUUGAUCCUGGUGCAGCGCAUGCGGCCAAGUCUUGCACAAAGCGGCGACACCAUCCGGGCCCUGGCAAUCGUGAACCAAGCUCGCCAAGCCAAAGGCGUGCAGCCGCUGGUUUGGGACGCGAACCUGACAGUGUACGCCCAGCUCUGGGCAAACGAAAUGGCCAGCGGGAGACGGCCGUUUGAGCACGCGCAGGGUGCGUAUAGACCAAAUCAAGGGGAAAACCUGUACGAGCAAACGGCUGGGCAGUGCGAUGUGGCAUACGACAACCCGCUCCAGGCAGCAGUGCACGCGUGGCUCUCGCAGGAGCACUUGUACAACAACCAGCCCAUCAUGACGGGGCAUGAGCCAUGGCUGCACUGGUGUAAGAAGAGCCCCGCGACGCUCGGGGGUUGA